AUGGCUCACAACAAUACAUCGAUCUUAUCUGAUGUUAGUGUAUGUCUUAGUGAUGCUAUGGAUACUAUGUUUAACAAUAAUCAUAGUAUUAUGAUACCAGAAAACAAUCAUAAGGACGUUGAUAUAUCAAAUGAUGGUGGAGGAUUAUCAGCAGAAGCUUUAAAGUUAAUGAUGAAUAAAAGAAAAUUAAAUUCUAAUGGUCAUAUUAUUGAUGAUCAACAAUAUGAAGAAAAUGCAAAACGUUUGUGUUCAAUGAAUGGUCAUAAUCAACAUGAGCAAAAAGCAUAA